AUGGCGAGCUGGCUAGCUCUGAAUGUUGAACCAGACGAUGCAGUUGAAGAAGAGGUCGAUGACACCAAGGAACUUCAGAUCGAGGAAGCUCUGAAAUUGUACCACAAUGCCCUUAAACUUCACUCUCAAGGUCCGGAGCGGCCGAGGCAUAUGAUGCACUCCUCAAUUCGGAGAUCUUCAGAUACCCCGAAUCCAUUUCCGACUUCAAGCGAGCAGCUCUUCCAGACGCGCAGGCUGCCGAACCGAUCGACGAACCCCCCCACAGAUGGCAUUGUGGAAUAUAACGUGAGCGACUCGACAUCCAGCCUCUUUCAAACCCUUUACCUGUCCCGCAAGAACUACGGCAAGUUCCUACUCGACGUCCUUCACGAAGCGCUCCGCGAGACCCCCAAGAACGAAGAAGCAGAACAGGAAAUAUCUCGAAAGACGAUCAAAGCAUCCAAAAAGGCACUUGCGUCCUUUGCAGAAGCUCUCGAGCGGGACGACACUGAUCUCAAUCUAUGGAGGCAAAGCGCACGACUCGGCAGUGCCCUACAAAGUUACAGGUUGAACCGAUUUUGUUUGGAAAGUGUGCUGGCGGAUGAUGAUAACCGACUGGAUGUGCGACCUGAACAACUUGGCUUGGAGGAGAUCUUCUCGGAGGAGCGACUACGGAACACUCUCAAGUCCCUGUUUGACGGAUUGUCUGCCUCUCAAGUUCCAGUCAAGAAACCGAACAAAGCCCUCGCCAAAUAUCUUCAACGACACGAAGAUCUUUAUUCUUAUCUACCAAACUUACCGGAUGACCUUCACUCUCUUGACCCGUCAAGAGGUCCCCUUGCUUUUUCAACAUCUUCCUUGGAGGUCACUCCGCCUGAAGCGACGUGGGAAUCAAUUGGCACAUCAAUACUGGAAGCCUUCGAUAACGAGGAUACUCCUUCGAUUCCUAGCCGUUUAAUUCGAGUCAUUCUGCCGGCUAGAGACGCAACACCUGACAACGAUGAGGAAAUGGAUGGUGCUGAGAGUGCCCCUGAGAAUGACGAUAUCGAAGUCAAGCCCGAAAGCGGUGAUGUUAACAUGCUUGAAAAUGGCGAGCACAGCACAAAGCUCGAGAAUUUUAAGCCGGAUACCACCAAAGCCACAGCAGAGCUAGGCGAGGAGCAGUCAUCUAUCGACCAAAGCGCAGAGAAACAGCUUAUGGAAUCCCUCGAAGGCGAAUCCACUCAGCCGCCGGAACCACAAGAUGAGGCCGAAGAUGAGAAAAAUCCCGAAGGGAUCGAUCCAAAAUCCCCGUCUGAGUCCCGAAAGAGAUCGUCUGCCUCCGCAGCCAACGAUGAUCAGCUAGAAGGAGGCAGAAUGAAAAGUCGACGAACUCGGGCUCGAGAAUCGAAUGCGGAUGGUUUAGUGCAACCAGACGAAAUCGCCUUUGAUCAAGAAAAGUACUACGAAGAUCGGCUAGAGAUCUUUGUUAAUGCUGACGAGUGGAUGUUCAACACUCUGAAUUCAUUGUUCUCCAAGUUUGGCAUGGAGUCGUUAGGUGCAAUCGAGAGUAUCAAGGCCAAGGUAGUAGUUUCGAAUGACUCUGAUGACGUACCGGAUGAAUCGGAGGCUCGAUUGCUGAAAGAUCUACGCGAUAUCAUCAAGACCUGGAACGAUGAAAAAUCUCGCCUCCUGCAGCAGAAAGAUGAAAUUUCUCCUCUUAAGGAUAUUCGUGGUACCAACCGAUCUGGCCUGUCUGUUUUCCUUGAGCAUUCACGGAAGGCUACCAGAAAACCUGUCCUCCAAGAAAUCCCUGCCGGAGAAAAGGUUUACAAUUUUUGUGGCAAAACGAACGAAUCUUUAUUGCAUCAACACGAUGCCUUAUGCGAGUGGUUGAAAUGUCUACUCAUGCCAGAAUUUGGAGAGCAACUUUCAGAAUGGUCCGUGAUGAAGUCGGCGUACGAAUCUUUCCAAUGGCCCGCGAAAUUGAAAGAGGCUGUCGCGGAAGCCUUAAUACGAGAAGACGAGUUCUUGUACUCGAGGAUGAGCGAUAUUGUUGCAAGACUCGAACGCCGCAUCUUUGAUUCUAGUGUGGAAACUCCUUUCGAGUAUGAGUUAAGUGAUUACUCUGAACUUGUAAUGAUCCAGUCAAUAUAUGAGCUCCACCUUGACAUAUUUUCCUCCGUCGAUGGAAUGAGGGGCGGGAUUGACCAAGAAAAAAAGCUUACUCAAAGCGACCGUCUUGGUAGAUGGGGAAUUCUCUCACGUUCGUGCCUGGAGUAUUUCAUCCAGAAGUGUCCAUCCGAAGAAUGCCGACAAAAUAUCUGUCUUCGUCAUCUGUGGACGUCAGUGUUCCAUCUCAAUCUCGCUGGCGAGGCUCAACGUGAACACAUUUUGCUCUGCCUUCAAGAUUUGAAGCACAUACUUCAGUCUCUCAAUGAACCCAGCAUCAACCUUGUGAACAACUCUGCUAUGUCUGAAUUAUCCACCGAGACGAUAGAUCAAGAGGUAUUGAAACUGAAGUGCAUGGAUUUCUUUGCCAAGGUGUUCAACCCUGAUGACGAGGACCCAGUAUCGCUCAUUGAAGCGAUUGAGCCCAUCCUGGAGCCUUCCUCAAUCGAGUACCCCGAUGGUUUUCUCGAAUUGAACGACCUUAACAACCCAUCUUCCCAUGCUAGUGAAAUGGCCUCUUUCCUUGACCGUGGGGAUGCUACUUUGCGAUUGUUCCUAUGGCGCAGACUCCAGGAAGCGUAUCAGUCCAUCGAAUAUCCGCCAAAAGUUGUUUCUUGUUACCUGCGCAGCAUCGAGACAAUCAUGACUGAACUCGAAGACGUUAAGCACGCCGAGGAAACAAGCAGUCAUCGCCAAGUUACUUUGCUGGGUUGGCUCAAGUCGCUUGAUGGAAUAAUCACCAAGGCUGUACUUCUCAUAUCGCAGCACACUGAGAAAGCCUACGAAUGUAUCGAUAUGGAUCACUUGCAAGCAUCCAUGUCUGCAGUAGCUCGGCUGAUCAGAAUUCUCCAUGGCUUCGUUCUCUAUGAAGAUUCCAUGCGGGUGGGCCAAAUUUCCGGGCGGGAUCUUAAAUCGACACUCGCUAAAUCGCUGGAAAAUUUCAAAGAGAGAAUGCGAGAAUUAUAUGUUCGCUGCUGGGUUCUGCUGUAUACCAUGUUUUUGGAAGCGAUUGCUCAGAACAAGGAUAUUUUCCCGGAUUCAGCGGAAGAUCGUAUUCAUGUCCUUCGAAGCGUGCACAAUGCUCUCGGGGUUCGCUCAUUGUGCAGAUACUCGCAGAAACGUUUCUUGAAGCUCCUGAAAUCCGAAUUGCUCGCGCUUGAGACCAAGGGCGAGUAUGAAUUUGAUAUCUGUCAAGUUCUUUUUGACCUCCACGGAAUCAGGUUCUCCCCUGCUGACGGCGCGGCGGACCAUGGGUGCCAACCUGAGAAGUUAGACCGAUCAACAGCCAUCAUGAUGAUCGAUUUCGUGAUGAAACAAGCACAGAAAAUGAAUAUGAAAGAUCUCUCAAAGUCUGAGCUCAAGACUACAGUCGAAAAAAUGCAACAAGCGAUCGGACCCGCGAAGCCCUCGUCUCAGUCACCCCAGAUGACUUUCAACCGCCGCCUUUUCAAUAAUUACAUGAAGGCGCCUAUCAAUCCCUCAAAUCUCCUUCGAGCUGUCCAAGGAGUAGCGGAACUAGCCCUGGUACCGGUACCUGGCGAGAAUGCUCAAAUAGCCACCAAAGGCUGGUACUUUCUCCUCGGUCAUGCCGCCCUCACCAAAUUUCGCUCCCAAAAACGCCUCAGUCCCGGCUCAACUGCAGAGUUGGACGACGCAAUCAAUUUCUUCAGACAGGACCUAGAUCACGGAUCAGGAAUGUGGGAGACCUGGUAUCGACUGGCGCAAGCAUAUGACACCCAGUUGGAGGAGGACAUUACGUGGUCGGCAGACAAAAUCAACAACAAUCGCAGUGAUUUAGCAGCCACUCAGCGAUAUGCUAUUCACUGUUAUUGCAUGGCUGUGUCUGUGGCGAUCAGAACCGCCGAACCAACAAUGGAGACGCGCAUGUUGCUCUCUGAGUUGUACACGGAUUUUGGUAUCCGUAUGUAUGCAUCUUCGAGAGAACCUUUGUCCAUGGGUGCUUUCGGAUUAUCAGAAUUUUCGCGACACUUCAGUAGUGAGGAAAGCCAGCAGAUGUACAAAGCUCAACCUUUUAAGGAAAUGUCGCUUUACUCUGUCUGGAACUUCGCUAGUAAUCUGCUCAGGCGAGCAGUAAAUGACAAGCCUCAGCGCUGGUUGGCCAAUUACUUCCUCGGGAAAUGCCUCUGGAAAAUGUUUAGCUGUGAUGAUUCCAUGCGGACGACUCGAAGGAAGGUCGAAAUGCAGGAUGUGAUAGACGCGCUGCUUGAUUCUAUCGCAGCCCUACCGCAGCGAAGGGACUCAAGGGCAGACCCUAUAUUCGAACCCCAUUUUAAACUCUUGUCCGUGGUCCACAAGCUCGUCGUCCGGGGGCGUAUGACUCCUGCCGAGGCGAGUAAAACCCUCGCUGUCUCACCUUGGGCUCGUAAAGUCGAUGCUCCCGAAAAUAUUGAAGGCUGGAGAUCGUAUAUGCUCGAAGUCAUCAAACGGUUCAAGAGUGCCGACAAAUCGAAUUGGCAUCAUCGGAUGAGUGCAAAGGCUGCCCAUGUGAUUUACGAUGACGAGAAGAAUGCCACAGCGGCGGUCGCAGCCAAACACGAGAUGUCGCAAAUAUUCACCAAGACGCUUACUAUUCAGGUUUGGCGGCCGGAAUUCGAACGCCCAGGACGACAUUUCGUAUACACAACGCGCUAUGUUUAUUUCUUCGUCAGUCUUUUGGAUCAACUUGAUGAUCGCGCGAGUCUGGAUCAGCUCCUGCGUCGGGUCAGAAAGAAGCAAGGCGAUUUCAUCAACCACACGAAAUUGUGGGAAGACGUUUGUUUGACUUACGCGAAGAUGAUCCGCAGGGCCGCAGGUAUCGAUGAAGGCCACGAGGAGGGUGUAUUCCGGCCAAUUGGUUGGGAGGAGUUCUCAUCGAAGACUGCUCGGCUUGAAGGCCUUAGCAAGCUCUCUGACGAAACCACGCCAGUCCUUGAACUAAUGCGAGACUCCUUGGAGCUUAAAAAGCUCAACAAUAACCUGAUGAAGGUCACCAUGUUUGAGGAUCUCAUUGCGGACCUGUAUGCUCGCAUCUAUGAACUCAAUAUGCCUCAGCUUAUCGAGCAAGUCAACGAAGAAAAUAAGGAGAAGAUGAAGGUCGAUCAUCUUCUCAUGGCAGGCGAAGGAACAACGGAAACCUCAACCCCCGCAACUCCUGUUCCGGCUUCUGAUACCCCUGCUCCUCGUGGUCGCACCAAGGGUAUUGCUCGUCGCGACAUCCAGAAACGAGCGGACAUGAUUGUCAACCUCAAACUUGGUCCGCGCACAGCUACAAGCAAGUUCGCUGCUACCACGGACGCCGAACAAGCACCAGAAACACCGCGCGGGCCUAGCUUGGCUAACAUCCCUGGCUAUAUAUCCACACCCCAGGACUCUAGCAAGCAAGUACCUGCAGACGAUAGCACGAAUGCCCAGAAGGAAAAUGUCGACGGCGCUCGUGAUAGUGGAAAUGAAAGUAAUGCGGAUGAAACGGACGACACAAAAGCGAACAAACUUUCGAAUACCUUGACUGGUCUAAGAAAGAAUGAGUCGGGUGACGUUGAAACUGAGAACGAGUACGAUGUCGGCAGUGGCAAUGAAGGGGCCGAUGAAGGUGUCGAGGAGGGCGAAGGCGAAUGCGAGGACGAGGGCGAGGGCGAAGGCGAAGAAGACGAAGAUGAAGGAGACGGAGGAGAUGAAGGAGAUGAAGGAGAUGAGGGAGAUGAGGAUGUGGGUGAAGGUGAAGGUGAAGGGGAUAUCGGAACAACCGAGGUUGAAACUGGCGGGGAAGAAGCGCAGGAGGUCGAUGACACGAUCGACGAGGACAUGCAGGAUGGAGACGACGAAGAUCAGACUGUCGACGAAAGCAAAAUGGCGGACGGUGAGAAGGAUGAGUCUGCCAGGGCCACCGAUAAUGAGCGCGAAGGAUCGGCCACAACGAUCAAGAACGAGGAAGCCGAGAAAGACACCGGCAUGGAUACCACCCCUGCAUAA